UCAUAUCAUGAAUUCUGUACCAUGUGAAUUCCAGCCCCGGUUUUUUUCUUUUUUCUUUUUUCUUUCUUUUUUUUUUUUUUUUUAAUCAACUUCAGUUCCCUCCACUCCUGAUUCAAGUCCCAGGCACACCUCUGCCAGGCAAGACCAAGUGCCAGCCACCACCCCUGGGCUGUGGCCGCACUCAGAGUGUCGAUUGCAAGGAGCAUGGAGGCAGUGGUCAGAGCUGGGCCCAGAGGCCUGGUCUGGGCGGCCUGUCUGUUCCUGGCACUUCCUGUCAAGGCCACAGAGCCUGAAACAGCUCAGCCAGAAGUGGACACGGCCCUGGGCCGCGUGCGAGGCCAGCGAGUGGGCGUGAAGGGCACCGACCGCCUGGUGGACGUCUUCCUAGGCAUCCCGUUCGCCCAGGCCCCACUGGGGCCCAACCGGUUCUCAGCCCCGCACCCAGCCCAGCCCUGGGAGGGCGUGCGGGAUGCCAGCCGCGCACCCCCCAUGUGCCUGCAGGACGUGGAGAGAAUGAACAACGGCAGGUUCACGGUCAAUGGGGAGCAUCAGAUCUUCCCUGUUUCGGAGGACUGCCUGAUUGUCAACGUCUAUAGCCCCGCCGAGGCUGCUGCAGGGCCCGGGAGGCCGGUCAUGGUGUGGAUCCACGGUGGCUCUCUGAUGGUGGGCGCUGCCACGUCCCAGGACGGCUCAGCCCUGGCUGCCUACGGGGACGUGGUAGUGGUCACGGUGCAGUACCGCCUGGGCAUGCUGGGCUUCUUCAGCACCGGGGACGAGCACGCGCCUGGCAACCAGGGCUUCCUGGACGUGGUGGCCGCUCUGCACUGGGUGCAGGGCAACAUCGGCCCCUUCGGAGGGGACCGCAGCAGUGUCACCAUCUUCGGCGGAUCUGCUGGGGGCGCCAUUGUCUCUGCUCUGGUUCUGUCUCCCAUGGCCACAGGGCUGUUCCACAGAGCCAUUGCCCAGAGUGGGGUCAUCGGCAUGCCAGGGAUGAUGGAGUCUGACCCGUGGCCCAGAGCUCAGAGCGUCGCGAGCUCCCUGGCCUGCAGCGCCACCUCCCCGGCCGGGCUGUUGCAGUGCCUGCGGCAGAAGGAAGGAGAGGAGCUCAUCCCGACCAAGGCUUCGAAUUUUUUUUAUGCGACCUACACCUCUGAUGGCGCCUUCUUUCCCAAAAGCCCCCAGGAGCUCCUGGAGGAUAGGCAGUUCCACCCCGUGCCCUUCCUCCUGGGCUUCAACAACCACGAGUUUGGCUGGCUCAUCCCCAGGGCCUGGGGGUUCCUGGAUAAGAUGGAGCGGAUGAGCCGGGAGGACUUGCUGGCCCACGUGAAGCCCUACCUGACCUAUCUGGGUGUGCCGUCCGAGGUGAUGUCUGCCGUCAUCGAUGAAUACCUAGACAGCGAUUCAGGCGCACAAGACAGACGCCGGGCUUUCCAGGAAUUGAUGGGUGACAUCAUCAUCGGCUUCCCAGUCUUCAAUUUCUCCAGAAGCCUCCUAGACUCCGGCAGCCGCAUCUUUUUCUACGAGUUCCAGCAUCGGCCCAGUUGUUUUGAGAAGAUCAAGCCGGACUGGGUGAAGGCUGACCACGGGGCCGAGAGUCCCUUCAUGUUUGGGGGGCCCUUCCUCACAGACGAGAGCUCCCUGCUGGCCUUCCCAGAAGCCACAGAGGAGGAGAAGCAGCUGAGCCUCACCAUGAUGGCCCAGUGGGCCCACUUUGCCCGGACCGGGGACCCCAACGGCAAGGGGCUGCCUUUUUGGCCCCAGUUCAACGAGUCAGAGCAGUACCUGGAGAUCGGGCUGGUGCCACGGGCCAGCCAGAAGCCGAAGGAGGCCCGGAUGCGGUUCUGGGCAGAGACGCUCCCCAGCAAGGUCCGGCAGUGGCACCAGAAGCAGCAGGGCAGGAAGGCCCCUGAGGAGCUCUGAGCUCUCUGCUGUGGCCUGGGAAAGCAGUGGAAGAUGGCCCAAGUCCUUGGGCCCCUGCACCCACGUGGGAGAUCCGGAAGAAGCUCCUGGCUCCUGGCUUCGGAUCAGCGCAGCUCCGGCCGUUGCAGACAAUUAGAGAGUGAACCAUCAGAUGGAAGACCUCUCUCUCUCCCUCUCUCUGCCUUUCCUCUCUCUGUGUAACUCCGACUUUCAAAUAAAUAAAUAAAUCUUAA